AUGGCCUCCACUUCAGUUCGAGUCGCUUUGCGAGUUCGUCCGAUGAAUAAACAUGAAAUUCAUAUCGAUUCCCAAAAUUGCGUCACGCUAAUACCGGACGCACCACAAAUAAUGAUUGGAUCUGAACGUUCCUUCACCUACGAUUAUGUCUACUCGGCCGAUACCGCACAAGAGGAUGUUUUUGGCUCUUGUGCCAGACCUUUAGUUGACAAAUUAAUAGAAGGGCAAACCGGAAGUGGUAAAACAUAUAGUAUGGGCACUGCACUGGACGGUGCAAGUAUCGCACCUGAACAUCAAGGCAUAGUUCCACGAGCCAUAUCGUAUCUGUUCCAAGAAUUGGAGGCUCGAAAAGCACAAAACCCAUCUUUCAAAUACGAAGUAGCAGUCUCAUUCCUCGAAUUAUAUAACGAAGACUUGAUUGACUUAUUAAAUCCUGCAAGUCACGAACAAAAUCAUAAAAAAGGAAAUAAAAGUGAGACGAUACAUAUCCGUGAAGAUUCUAACGGUCGGAUAUAUUGGCUUGGCGUGAAAGAAGUCACUGUUUCCUCUCCCGAAGAAUUAUUAGGACAAUUACAAAAAGGUUCAGGAUGCCGGACGGUCGCAUCAACAGCUAUGAACGCAGUCUCUUCACGAUCCCAUGCAAUCUUUACCGUCAUCUUACAUCAAACACGAGUUGAUGAUCCGGAGGCUGAUAAAGAAAAUAAUCCAGCACUUGCUUCCGAAGAUCAGCCUUCCUCCUCCUCCCCCCCAAAGAAAAGCAAAAAGAAAGCACGCACCACAAAAAUCACAUCGAAAUUUAAUUUCGUCGAUUUGGCGGGUUCUGAAAGAAUGAAGAGAACAAAGGCCACUGGCGAUCGAGCGAAAGAAGGAAUUGCAAUUAACGGUGGUCUCUUAGCGCUAGGCAAUGUUAUUAGUGCUCUUGGCGAUGAAUCGAAAAAAGCCAUCCAUGUACCUUACCGAGACUCGAAAUUGACUCGCUUAUUACAAGAUUCAUUGGGUGGAAAUAGUCAUACAUUAAUGUUGGCUUGUAUUUCACCGGCUGACACGAGUUUUUGCGAAUCUUUAAACACACUUAAAUAUGCCAAUCGUGCACGUAACAUCAAGAACUUGAUCACCGUGAACGAGGAAUACGGCGAAUCUUCGGCUGAAGAAACGGUGAAACACGAAUAUGAGGAACAAAUAAAAGAACUGCAAGGUAUUGCGGGUCAAGAAAAAUUAAAGAGGUGUAAACUUGAAGCCGAAAUGCACACUGUUUGUGCUGAAAGAGACGCUUUGAAAGCCGAAGUUAAACUACUCGAAGAAGAAUCUGGCUCGUACACGAGAAUGCCGCGAACUGGUUUGUCAAGUCCGCGCAAAACUUCACUUAAUAAUAAUAACCACAACGGUACUGGCACAUCAAGUCCGCGAAAAACCUCACUAAAUAAUCAUAUAACUUUUGCGGACGACUACAUGGGUGAGGGGUCAAGAAGCCAGGAACACCAUCGGGAGGAAGAACAUUACUAUAAUAAUGAACAACAUGAUGAACAAGUUUCAAUACUCCCUGAAAGUUCUCAUGAUGUCGAUAAUUAUGCAAAUCACCGAGAAAAUACUGAAACACCACGAAGAUUAAGACGUACCGCAAGAGACACCAUUGAGCAAGCAAAGGAACAAAUAAAACAAGGAAUGCUGUUCCUGAAAAAUAGCGGAUCCAAACCUGAAGAUCCUCUCUUAAGUCGAUUGAUCAAUACUCCAUCAUCAACAAAAAGCGAAAGCUAUAUCGACCAAAUGAUCAAACCUGCUCAACAUGAGAAACGACGAUCCGGAAGCGUUUCAUUCAGCGAUGUGCAAACGAUAGAAGUUCCCGCAUGGGAAGAAUCUGCCCCACCACAACCUGUCAGACGCUCUUCUGGCUCCAGUCGGUCCGUGAGUUUCUCUGAUCAACAAAUUUCACCACACUCGACAAAAUCAUCAUCUCAAAAUAGUACAAGUAACUCUUCACAGCAACAAAAUGCCAUAACUCUGCAACGUAUGUUGCAUCAGAUUCAAGCUGAUAUAGAAGUUAAAGAACAAUUGGUAUCUCAAUUAGAGCGAGCCGAAGAAGAAUUUACUACAAUGCGCACACAUUACGAGAAUAGAAUAACUGCAAUGAAUCAAUAUUACGAGGAACAAAUAACUGCGAUGAGGGAUAAUAUUGUUAGUUUGGAACGCGAAAGAGAUGCAGCUUUGAAACGUUCCGGCGGGGGUUCCAUCAGCACUCGCGACAAAGCAUCAAUAAUUUCAGAAUUGAAGAUGCAAUACGAACACAAACUGAAGAAAAUGAGCAUUGAGCUAGCCGAAUUGAACAAGAAAUAUCACGCGUCAAAUCACGCGCAUCAACAAACAAAAACGCAAAAUGAUUCGGCAGCCAAAAACAUGAAGAAAGAAUUGGAACAUCUUAAGGCUGAAAAGAUAAGAAUGAUAAAGACCUUCAAAGAUGAUGCUGAAAAAUUCAAAGAGAUGACCGAAAGAAAAGACAGAGAAAUCGAGAAUCUCCGAAGAAAGGAGAAAAUAGCUCAAAAAGAACGAAAACGCAUCGAAAGGGCGCAUGAGUCGCAAAGACUUGUUCUCGAAAAACGAAACCGCGAAGUCCUGCAAAUCAAUAAUAAACUAAAAGCUGUUAUGCUUUUAUUAAAACGCACUUCCACACCAAAGGCUAUCGCAAAAGUAUUUCGAGGAAAACGACCAAACAAGGUCGUCCCUGUUCCCAAAGAUGAUAUUCAUGCAGAAUUAUUUGCAAUUGGCGUACAAAAGCGAAAGAGUAUUGAUCAAGCAUUAGAUCAAUUUAUAUUUAACAGAGAGUCAUCGAACUUGCUCGAUGAAUUAUAUCGAAAGAAGGAAGAACUUGUACAUAAACAACAAGCAUUACGAAAUGAAAGGGAAGAGAUUGACCGAGUAUAUUUUGAAACUUACGGAAAUCUCGAUUUAGUUGCGGGAGAUGAACGAGCUUCAAAAUUGGAUGAGGAGAUUGAAAUGCUUCAACAUGAAAUCACCUUUACCGCUUCACAAAUUCGAGCCAUUCAAAAUGAAACUGUCAACUAUAAGCCUGAGGGAAUCAAUUACGAAAACGGUUUCGAGGCUGCAAUAAAAAUCAUGAAGGACCUCGAUCCAUUUGAACAACAAACCUUGCUCGAGUCAUAUUUGGGAGAUGUUGUUGAACUUCGUAAGAAAGAAUGGUCAUAUAGGGUAAAGGAACAACACCACGAAAAAAUCAUCACUGAAUUAAGAAAAAAACUACUACUCAUGCGAAACGCCGGAAAGAUGACCGCCUUUACAUAUGAAGAAAAAAUCAAAAAUCUUGAAGAGGAUCUCGGAACUAGACUCGAAGACGGAGUUUAUACCACGCAUCUUGUGUUUGAUAAGAUAUAUCAAUCCACCUUCGAAACCAAUAAAAUUUUAGGUGACACCCUAACCGACAGUCCAAUGCCAUCACCUGCUGAACGAACCUCGCAACGACCAUCACUUCCUCAAGAAUGGAUGACCUCGCAAGAAAAUGGUCAAUCAACAAGAAAAUUGGAACAAGAGGCUGGUGUUGAUUUCGAUAAUCGUCGAGUAUUAAGAUUAAAACGCGAAAGCCAAAUCUUUGAUAGAGAGCGUCGUGAUUCAAGCGCAAGUGAAAGAGACAUAAGUGAAACAAACAGCCGACGAAACUCUGGCACUUUCAGUGAAAAAGAAAUGUCUGUUGAUCCAAACAAAAAGAAACGUCGUAGUUCUAUCAUCCACCGAGAUUCUGGAUACUUUAGCGGUGUAUAA